AUCUUCAUGGAAAUUUGAAAUUUUUGUUUGAAAAUCAUUGGGUAUACUUACUCGAAGAAAGAUUUUAUCAUUCAUUUGCAUAUACCAAUAGAUCUUAAGUAAAAUUUUGGGGUUUUUAGUGAGAUAAGCAUGAACUUUUUCUCUCUUCAAAUCAAUAUGUUUGGAAGUAUAGGUCGGAUUUGAUCUUUUUAAAGAGGAACCUGGCCCUUUCUCAUUUGUUUAGGAAUUACAGAUUUGAGGGAAGAAAAUUUGAAAAAUCCCUUUUUAGUAAGUUUGGUUCCCUUCAUCAAAGCCUCUUUUUCUUCUUCUUCUUCUUCUUCUUCUUCUUCUUCUUCUUCUUCUUCUUCUUCUUCUUCUUCUUCUUCUUCUUCUUCUUUUCCUUUAGUCUUCUUGGAAAUGGCUUCAAGGAGCUUCCCUAGCUUGUUUGAUUUUAGAGAACUAGAUCUAGAACUAUUCCUUCUCUUUGGCUACUGCUACUUUAACAGCAUCAACAUGAGGAUCCACGUCAAGGGAAGAUAACACACUUCCCAAAUCUGUGCCAUUUGUCAGAGCAUCACCAAGGCUCUAGUUUAUCGAUGAAAUCUUUGUCAGGUGUGAUUACACUUUGCUUGUUGCUGAUCCCAAGAGGUGUAGGCCUAAGAAGUUCAGUGGGAGAGGUGCAAAGGUGAGGUUCCAAAAGAGUUAUUGAGGUCUCUAGUGGUUUUGGAAAAUUGGUAUUCUGGGUUUCAAUUAUUUUCAUGCUUUAAGUUUUAUGAAGUGAGGACUAUUACUAUUGAUAGUUAUGACUUGUUUAAGUUUUGAAAUUUUAAUCCCCUAAUUGGUUUAUUUUGUAUUACAUUUAUGAUUUCAAUUCUAUUAUGUGGAUGUAGUUUUGGAUAUUAUUGAUGAAAUUAGAACUAAUUUAGAGUUCUAAUUAUGUUUUCUCUUUUAAAAGAAAUGCCACCACAUUAGUCAUGCUUAGUUUUUUUUUUUUUCCACAUCGUUAAUUUUUGUUUAAAAAAAGGUGUGCCAUGUG